GUUUUACUUAUUAAUUUCUUUAGGAAAUCCAUCUCACCAGAUGACAACUUUAUCUGUCUGCUGUUGUGUUGCUAUGAGAACCUGAAGCUAAUUACUAUGAUUUACUUAUGAUUAGAGAGCUGUACAGAGAUUUUGUCAUUGCAUUACCACUCACUGCCAGAACCCAGCCGUGGUUUCCAAGGAAACUGGAAAUGUGGAGCUUUUCACCAGACACAGGCAGAGUCUAAAGAGCGAGGAUUGCCUAAGAUAGAUUCUUCUAGAACCGAACCUGUAGCCAGCGCAUUCAGAAUCAAUCAAACACGUGAGGACAGAUGUUGAUCUUAAUCGCUGCGGAGAUUUGAAAUGUUUGAAGUGAACCUAGAGAAGAGUUGUGGAGAGGCUUCAGUCUGACUUUGGCUGCUGAGCAGGUUAUUCUGACACGUUAAUGCAGACAGAAUGGGAAGCCUUAAGAACGAGAUGAGAGGUUUGACGGAGGAACAUCAGCUCUGUGAGAAGACAGACGAGGGGGAAAAGCAAGUAAACUCAAAGCCAAACUCUACAGCGGAGGGAGGUUCUUGUCAAGAAGACAAUCAGCCAGAACUUUUACUGAACUCCGAAGAGGAAACAGUGAAAAAUGCAAUUUCCAAAGAAGUGCUUUCAGACGAGGAUAAAUCAAUCACCGAUGAGACUGCAGAUCAUGAAGCAACACAAAACAGCAGGACAAUAACUAACAACCUCCCCAGUGAUGGAGAAGCGCAGAGCAAAAGUGACGCAGCCACUGACAGCAUCUCUUUUCCGGUGCCCCCGACUCCGGACCCCUUUGACCCCCGCUCGCCAGCCCCCUUCGGGCAACACCACAUGCGCACUCAGGUGAGCCUGGAGGUGGUGCAGUGCCGCUCAGCAGCCACCAGCCCCAUGACUCCUCCCCAGGGUGGCAGCUCCUUUGUCUUUCCGAGUACUUUUGGGAAAUCUGACGUCGGCGGGGACACCAAGGAGGCCGGCCUGCAGGUGGGUCAGCAGGUGGAGUUGUGCUCCGUCGCCACCUCCCCCAUGACCCCGAAAACACCGUUUGGCACAGCUUUCCCAGCGCUGGUUGGAAAAGAACCGGUGCAGGUGAAGGAAAAGGAGAAAAACCAACAGGAAGAGAGCAACAAUAGCCAACAAGUGGUCUCGACUGCAACGAGUCCAAAAGAAGUGGAGUCACAGGAAACAAAUGCUGUCACAAAAGAGUCAAGUGGGAAUCCCAGCAGCUUUCUGACUGCUGGGUCUCUUGAUUCACAAGGGACUGUGGAGAGCAGCAAGCAGCAGAAUAAGCAACAGAGGAUGGGAAGCAUGGAUCAAGAUAUUACGAUUUUGGUGACACACCAUGGCAAUAAUGAAGACGACGACGAAGAAAAGGUUGAGUCAUAUGUAAUUGAAGCUGAGACGAUAAAGGUAGAUGAAUACCAGGAAGAUCUAGAGGACAAUAAUGACGAAAAAAGCAAAGGUGAAGAGACACAUGAUGCAGCAGACCCAGAGCACAAACAGAAACAGGCUAAAGAAGAAGGAAAACCGUGCAUGAGAGCCGAGAGUUUGGAGGUGACUGACAGAAAAGACGCAUGUGAAGAGACAGGCGACGCUUCUGCAAUCAAAUCUCCAGUUCCUGAAUCUCCAGCUCCAUUCGGCUGCCACAACAUCCGCACGCAGGUGAGCCUGGAGGUGGUGCAGUGUCAGUCUGUAGCGACUAGCCCUAUGACCCCCCCAGACGGAGACCAAGCCUUUUGCUUCCCAAGCUCCUUUGGUAAAUGUGCCACUGUGUGUACAGAAACUAAAGACGCUGAGCUGCAGGUGGGUCGAGAAGUGGAAUUUCGCUCUGUUGCCACAGCCCCCAUGACCCCAAGAACCCCCAUCGCCACGACUUUUCCUGAAAUCAAGAAAGGACUAAGCAUAGACGAGAAGAUAACUGAGGAGGUGGUGGAGGAGAAAAAGGAACUCGCACCUGAGAACGAAAAAGCACAUAAAGAUGAAAAGGAAGAAGACAAGGAGGAAACGAUGAACAGUAAUAACUCAAGUGAGGAGAAGUGUGAGGAACCAGUACAGGAGGUGAGCUGGGAUGAAAAGGGGAUGACGUGGGAGGUGUACGGCGCCGUGGUGGAGGUGGCUGUCCUGGGCUCCGCCAUCCAGAAGCACCUGGAGAAGCAGGUGAAGAAGCAAAAGAGGCAGACCUCCUUGCCUCCCCCGCCUCCGCUCAACCCCUCGGCCACGCCCCUCACCACAGAGUCAGUGCAGGGGGGCUCGGGUAAGGGCUGCGGCGGAAAGAGGAGGGAGGCGGACAGGAAAGGGAACCGGCGCCGAAGAAACCCUUUCCGCCAGAUGAUGGAGAACAUGCAGCAGCCGCACUGUUGCUCCAGAGCGCACACAACUGAGUGAGGAGAGUCUUCAUCAGAAAACGAGCUGCAAUGACGUGACUUCACGGGGGAGAAACAAAUCCUCACAGAAGAUGAAUAAGCACAAAAGCUUGAAGAGCUUUCAGGAACAGCCAUACGUAUCUAUUCACUUUUCAGUCACUUAAAACGGAGUGAAUGGACUCCAUGAACAUGUUACAUCAGCAUCAGCGUUGACUGAGCGCCUCUCCUUUAAUGUUUUUUUCCAUUCAGCUGUUCACUGACUCAUUUAGCUGUUGGUGCUUUUUUUAUGCACCUAAGACUACAUGAGACCAUGGCAACCAGCCCCCCCGCUCAAUACAUCUGCCACACGUGUGUGGUUUGUCACUAAAUGUUAUAUUUGUACAUUUAAUAUGCUGCUUAGUGAAGUGUGACAUUGUUAGGACGGUACGCACAAUCAAGUUUUUAUUAUUAUUAUUAUUUGUUUUAUUAAUUUUACUGUAUUUUUGAUUGUUAUUUGUGUGAUUAAAUUUGCUGAUAAUUUUUGAGAUGUUCACAGAUUUAGUGUCCACACUCAAGAGAAACUGAUUUUAUUCACAGAUUGCACUCGUGAUACAUUCACUCGGUUGUGAGUAAACAGUAAAGCCAUCUUUUUCCAUCUGCUGCUGGCAGGAAGACACUGAACAAAGUCUCGUUUCAGCAGCAGGAGCUCAGAACUUGAGACUAAACAUGAGAUUUUCACAAACAAUGAUUCAACUCACAUACUGAAAUCAAACAAUCUUCUUGUACUUUCUUUAGUUUUUCGUUUAUUUUAUAAGUGUCUGUUGCAAAUGAUCUGAUUAUGUACAUUUUAUUUCAAAGAAAACCAAACAGCUUUACACAAUUGCUUAAAUAAAGUGAUUCUUUUGCUUGA